AGAUGGCCAAUCGGCUACGAUUACAUACAUAACCGUGCCGCACUAUGUGUUUAUCAAGGAGCCCUGCAUCGACGCUCAACGUAAAAGGAUGUUAAAAUAUGUGGUAUCGCUGAUAGAAUAGAUCGAAUAGAUGGAAUAGAUCGAGAGGCGGGAAAUAUAACCGUAUGGUGAUAUCCACCGGCCGACGUUGAACGUUGGACGUUGGACGUUGGCGGGAACCAGGGAGCGCAAGCGGACGAGUCCUCCUCUUACUCUUGGUCGCGAUGACUCGCGGAAGGCGUCGUGUGCCGAAGCGUAAUAUCGCUACCCGGCUCGCGAGAGACGAACCUCGAGAGAGCGAAGCAGGUUCCAGCAGAAAGAAAAUACUUCGGAGCAACAGUAAGCGCAACAAUACGGAAUCGGACGGAGCAACCGAACAAACUCAAUUAGAUUCCAAUAUGCAUUCAGAUCCGUCUGUGUUGGACAAAGUUCCCGAUCUUUGUGCAAUGGCAACGGAUACGAAUGGUAGCGCUACUCUAGAGUUUGAUAAGGAAAAUCACGAUCCGGAAGUUAAUGAAGAGGAGAACCCGGAGAAGAGAAUAAGAACGGAGGAUAAUAGAAAGGCUGAAUUGAUAUCUCCAGAUAAAAAGACAUCUCUUACGACGGAGCGAUGCCAGUACUGUAAACAGAAAUUGAAUAAUGAUAUCAAAUUGUAUCAAGGCCAUCCAAAUGGUGCGAUCGAAGAACAGGUAGCUCUAACAGAUCCCAAGUUGUGCUUAUUUAUUGGAGACGAAUCUUAUAUAAACGAAAGCGACGAGAGGCCGCAGAAUAAAUUAACUCAUUUUAGCGUUUAUGAUAUGAAUGGACAUCUGUGUCCUUUCGACACAGGACUCGUCGAGAAAAACGUACUGUUAUAUUUUUCGGGAUACAUGAAAGCUAUUUACGAGGAUAAUUCUUCACCCGAGGGAGGUAUACCGACUAAAGAUAUGGGUCCGAUAAACGAAUGGUAUGUCACUGGAUUCGACGGUGGAGAAUUGGCAUUGGUAGGUUUCAGCACUGCAUUCGCCGAAUAUAUCUUGAUGGAACCGUCUGAAAGUUAUGCACCAUUCAUGGAUGCUGUGAAAGAGAAGAUAUAUAUGAGCAAAUUGGUAAUAGAGUUUUUGCUCGACGAAAUUAAUCCAUCUUACGAAGACUUGUUAAACAAGCUCCAAACAGUGGCACCGCCCAACGACACGAUCAAUUUGACGGAAGACGCGUUGUUGCGCCAUGCGCAAUUCAUUUGCGAUCAAGUUGUCUCGUUAGAUAAUUGUGCUACCGCUGACGAUACUCUAUUCAUUACGGCUCCGUGUAUGCGAGCUCUCAUGAGACUCUCUGGCGUGACUCUGGGUAAGAAAUCGGCCAUACGUGUAGGUAGACGCGAGCGGAGAGGCAAAGAGCUUGCCUGGUCAAUGGCUACUACGACAAAAUUGGUUAGCAAUAUGUUUGAAAACAUUUUCGCUGGCCAACUUGCCAAGCACACUGAUAAGAACAAGCAACUCCCAAGGAGGCAGCGAUGUGGUGUUUGCGAUAACUGUCAGCAACCUGACUGUGGUGAAUGUUACAAUUGUAAAAAUAUGCCGAAAUUCGGAGGCACCGGCAAUCUUAAGCAAGCGUGCAUUAGAAGAAGAUGUCCAAAUUUGGCAAUUCAGGAAGCAGAUGAUUCUGACCCAGAGAAUGAAGAGCAGUAUGAUAAUCUAACGGAGGAGCAAACUGCACAAGAAGAUCGAGAAAGUAAAAAUGAAGAUUUUAAAGAACUUAAGAAAGAUAUAAUAUGGGAGAAAGAAGAUAAGAUCGUCGAUGGGCAGAAAACAUAUUAUAAAUCAGUUACGGUGGGAAACGAAAAAAUCGAAAUAAACGACUAUGUCUUGUUAGAGCCUAGAGAUCCGUCCAUUCCUUUAAAAAUUUGCAAAGUUGUGUUCAUGUGGGAGAACGAGAAUGGAGAGAGACGAUUUCAUGCAAACCGUCUUCAUAGAGGCACCGAUACCAUACUUGGUGAAACUUCGGAUCCUACGGAAUUAUUCCUAAGUGGACAAUGUUGCGAGGCAUCAUUUACGUCCAUUAGAUCAAAGGCAACGGUUAUCCAUAAAAAAGCGCCCGAGAAUUGGUCGGAACUAGGUGACAUGGAUAUAGAUAAUGAUAUAAAGGAUACAGAUGGUAAGACAUUCUUUUAUCAAAUGAAAUAUGAUCCUGAACAUGCCCGAUUUGCGGAUCCACUACCCGAUCCGGAAUGUCCAAGUCACAUCACACAUCGAUUCUGUCCUUCUUGCAUCCGGUUGGCAAUGUCAACGCAACACGGUAUACCUAAGGUCUAUAAUCGAAUAGAAGAGAAAAGCAGUAAAGAAGUGACUUACGAGUUGAUAAAAUACAAAGGUGAAGAGUAUAGAGUCGGUAGUGCGGUGUUCCUCUACCCACAUGCUUUCGACUUUAAGUAUAAACGAAUAUACCAAGAGCCUAAAGGUUCAAGGAACAAAUUUGUAGACGAAGAUAUGUUUCCGGAGUUUUAUAGAAAAGGAGAUGACAAAAUAACAUUCUCAAAUGCUGAUACACCCGAACCUUUUUAUAUUGGUUACAUUAACACAAUAUACGCUACGACAACUGAUGCAUUAGUGUCGCCCUCGAACAUAUGCAUUAAAGUGAAUAAAAUGUACAGACCGGAGAAUACUCAUCGAGAUUUAGCACUGAUGGAACAAUCGGACAUUAACAUGGUCUAUUGGAGCAACGAUAUAUGCAGCGUAAAUUUCUCCAUGGUUGUCGGUAAAUGCUACUUGGCCUACUUUAAAAAUAUGAGCGAGUCCAUUGAAGAAUGGUCUAUGGGCGGUCCAAAUAGAUUCUAUUUCACUGAAGCAUAUAAUCCUAAAGAAAAAACAUUCGAUGAACCGCCUUAUAAUAUUAUUAAUACAAGUAAAUUCGGAAAAGGAAAGGGAAAGGGUAAAUCUAUAGCAAAGAAAGCGGAAAGAAUUGAAAAGAAGCAGGAAUUUGAGACAGCCGUAGACUAUUCUACCAUGUCAAGACGAUUGAGAAUGUUGGACAUUUUUGCUGGUUGUGGAGGAUUAUCUGAAGGGAUGCAUCAAGCUGGCGUAGCCGAAAGCCUAUGGGCUAUUGAAAAAGAAAAUGCUGCGGCAAAUGCAUAUCGCUUGAACAAUCCCAAGACUACAGUAUUUUCGAUGGAUUCCAAUCAGCUGUUACAAAGAGUGAUGAAUGGCGAUCGUGUCGAUGACAUUGGCCAAAAACUUCCCCAGAAAGGAGAUAUUGAACUCUUGUGUGGUGGACCACCGUGUCAGGGUUUCAGUGGCAUGAAUCGUUUCAAUUUGCGACAAUACUCACUAUUUAAAAAUUCUCUCAUUGUUACGACUUUGGCUUACUGCGAUUAUUAUAGACCGAAAUUCUUUGUGAUGGAAAACGUGCGAAAUUUUGUGUUCUGUAAAAAAAGUAUGGUGCUGAAAUUAACUUUAAGAUGUCUCAUUCGUAUGGGUUAUCAGUGUGCAUUUGGUAUCGUUCAAGCUGGAAGCUAUGGGAUACCACAAACAAGAAGAAGAAUGAUACUAAUAGCCGCUGCACCUGGAGAGAUACUUCCAACAUAUCCAAAGCCUACGCAUGUGUUCAGUAAACGAUGUUGUUCGUCGACUGUAAUGAUAGAUAAUAAAAAGUAUGACACCAAUUGUGUUCGGAAUGAGUCUGCUCCAUACAGAACAGUCACUGUAAAAGAUGCUCUGUACGAUUUACCGGAAAUUAAAAGUGGUUCCAGAAUAGAGGAAAUGUCUUAUGGUGGUGAACCGAUAACACAUUUUCAGAGAAUGAUGAGGGGUAAACCGUAUCGAUCUAUAUUGACAGAUCACAUAUGCAAAGAAAUGUCUCCGCUUGUAGAAGCACGAAUGAGCUACAUUCCAACUAAAAGCAAUUCCGAUUGGCGUGAUCUACCGAACAUUGUGGUGCAAUUGAGUGAUGGCACCUUUUCCAAGAAAUUAGAAUAUACGCACAAUGAUAUAAAAGUUGGGAAAAGCUCAACGGAUGCAUUUCGCGGAGUAUGUAGUUGUAGCAGUGGUCAACCAUGCGAUCCUACCGACAAGCAAUUUAAUACUUUGAUUCCAUGGUGUUUGCCGCAUACCUCGAGUCGACAUAAUAAUUGGAGGGGUUUAUACGGGAGAAUUUUAUGGGAUGGAUUUUUCAGCACAACUGUUACUAAUCCGGAACCAAUGGGUAAACAGGGUCGUGUCUUGCAUCCAGUGCAAAAUCGAGUGGUCAGUGUAAGGGAGUGUGCAAGAUCCCAAGGCUUUUCUGAUUCAUAUCGGUUUUUCGGUUCAAUAACUGAUAAGCAUCGACAAAUCGGUAAUGCAGUACCACCAUCAUUGGGAGCUGCUAUUGGUCACGAAAUACGCAAGUGUGUCCGUGAUACGACAUUAAACACAGAACCCAAUCUUAUUAACAGCCAUAAUGUUGAACCAACGACGAGUAAAAGUUUUGACAAUAGUCUAAAUUCAAGUUUUAACAAAAGUCUUGACAAAAAUGACGAAAAUGUACCUGACGCUCCAAUAGCUUACAAUAAUGCAAAUAACAAUUUUAACAACAACAAGGAUACGAUUGAUCGAUGAUAUUUGAUGAAGAAACGAAGGAAGCAAAAUUAUUAAGUUUUGCAUUUUAAAUUAGUAUCCAGUAUUAAGUAAGUCCAUAUUAUUCCAAUAUCUCCUUCAAUAUACAAUAUCGAUUCAUACUUUAGAUACUUUUGAUAUACUUGAAAUCACCUGGAACAGAUUGUCGUAUUUUGGAAUUGUUAGACGAUUGAGCUAUACCUGUAUAUAAUUUUCAAAGUUUUUAAAAUGGUAAAAUUUUAAUAUUCUUCACUUUUAUGUAUUUCACAUUUCCUUUCUCAUUCAACGCAUAUGCAAGUGUAUUCCCGAAUAAAAAGAAUCUACAGACGUUUAUCGUUUAUAGUUUACACGUGAAAAUGUUGAACUGCGAAUGCAGAUUUGCAAACGGUUUGCUAAAACUGGAGUUAUUGAAAUUUGCAAUUUUAUUAAUAUUGCACACGAAUUCUUAUUAAUAUUACAUACGAAUUCAGUGAGGACUUUAUUCGUGUGAAAACUGCUAUAUCUGGAUAGACAUUAUUAUCAAUGAAUAUCGUACAAGUCAUGUAUGCCAAUUCCAUAUAGCGAGUUCUUUAUUUGCAAAAACUCUUAUUUGCAAAAAAUCUUUUUACAAUUCAUUUUUAUUACAUGUUUCCAGUUUAUAUUCGUAAUGAAUAUGUAGGUUUAUAUGUGCACAUUUUCGUAUCCGAGUAUGUAUUUAUUUGGAUAAUUUAGUACCGUAACGUUACAUUUUAGCUUUUCAAUUAGUAUCCUGUGUUUAGUUUAUAUCUUUUUAAUCCUUUGAGUAUGGAGCAGCGUGAUGCUGAGUAUUUUACAUGAACCGGAACUCGAUCAACAAUAACUGGAGUGCUCUUCUAUGUCAAGUUUACCAAGUAUUCGGUGGAGGACUUGUGUUGAAAUAUUUGCAUUUUUCACCAGCUUGUUAUUUAUUUAUACAAAUUUAUUUAUAAAAAUUGUUUCAAAGAUAAAAUUAAAAAAAAGCUCAGCACGUGUACACGCUCGUACGACCACAGGCAACGUUUCGCGUGUAUACACGCACGCACACGCACACACACACACACACACACGCGCGCGCGCGUACUCAAAAUCUGAAAAGAUUAAUAUCUAUGUAAGUCUAGUUAAUUAAUUUAUAAAGAUGAAAGGAAACUUUUUUUGUACUGUAUAACUGAUAUGUGAAAUUUUAUUACAUAUUUACAUAAUAGUUGGUUCAAGUUUGGAGCCCCAAAAAUGUGCAUCAAUCUACAAUGAUGGAAAAGAAAGCUUUGUCAAGAUUCAAGGAUGUUUGAAAGAAUCUUGUGAUUGUGCUAAAUGAUAUGCUAGAAAAUAUGCUCGUAUGUAUGAUAUUAAAAAGAACACAAUAAAUUGUUGACCUGUA